UUUGUUUACAUACUAUACUUACAAAACUCCACUUUUUUCAUCAUUUUUUUGUAUCCAUAUAUUUCAUUCACAUAAAUAAUAUAAUACCCUUACAACAAAUAAUCUUUCAAAAAAAAAUUCUAGUACGUUAAAGAUGGCUUGUAUACCGAUGAAACGAUCAAGAGAAGAAUUCGACGCGACAAUAAAUAGUAUGGCAAACUACUUGAUGCUUAUGUCAAGUGGCACAACAAGCAAUGAAUGUUAUGAUACUAGUUUGGUUAGCCGAGUCUUCGAGUGCAAGACAUGUAACCGUCAGUUUCCGUCUUUUCAAGCACUUGGAGGGCAUAGGGCUAGUCAUAAAAAGCCGAGGUUGGUUGAUGGCGGUCAUGAGCAUGAUAUUAAUAAUAUUGUACCAACAAAACCAAAAUCACACAAGUGCUCAAUAUGUGGGCUUGAGUUUGCCAUAGGACAAGCUUUGGGAGGACAUAUGAGACGGCAUAGGGCCCAAACAAACACCGAUAAUCACUCUUCUAAUCUACCGGUUGAUGAUAUGUUAUCAUCGCCAGUGGUGAAGAAAGUUAAUAGUAGACGGGUUUUUAGUUUGGAUUUGAAUUUAACACCUUUAGAAAAUGAUUUCGGAUCUAGAGUAGUUGAUGAUGAGAAGCUGGUGACUCCAAUCACAAUUGACUUUUUCUUAUGAUUAUUGGAAAUUUGGAAUUAUUACAUGUAUUAUUGUUUAGACUUUAGACUUUUUUUUUUCUUCUUUUUCUUCAUAUCUUUAAUCAGGAAUAUUAUUGUAUAGAUCGAUUAUUGUAAUUUUCCGAUGUAGAGAGAUUACAUUUUUACAUAUUUA